AUGGAUCUGGAAGCAGGAGAAGCAAAGUAUGACAUUGGAGGCAGAGCACUAACGAGAGAGAUUGAAAAGCAGAUAAAACAGAAAAGGGAACAAGAGACGCAGCAAGAAAAAACUAAAUGUCUCAGCGAUAAUAGAGAGAGACAGCGGGAGAGAAGGGCACAAGAGACUCAGCAAGAAACAACUCAACAUCUCAUAGAUCAACAAGAGAUAGAGAUCAGGAGAGAAGGGCUCAAGAGACACAGCAAGAAACAACUCAACAUCUCAGAGAUCAAGGAGAGAGAUUGCGGGAGAAGGGCUCAAGAGAAGCAGCAAGAAAGAACUCAACGUCUCAGAGAUCAACGAGAGAGACAGCGGGAGAGAAGGGCUCAAGAGACGGGAGAUGAAAGAACUGAAAGGCUGGAUGAACAGCGAGACAGAGAUAUAAGACAACGAAAUGCACGACUCACAAGGAGAAAUCUUUCUGCUGAUGUUGGUGAAAUGACCAGUGUUUACCCUCAGUGUCGAGCGUACCACUUCUCAAGAGAAACGACCAACUUUUGCUGCAUGAAGGGUAAGGUCAUCAUUGCUCCUCUGAAGACACUCCCUAAUGCACUCAUUAAUUUGUAUACAGGUGACACACCACAAGCACAUGAGUUCAGAAAGGAUAUUAGACAAUACAAUUGCCUCUUUCAACUGACGUCAUUCGGUGCCAAGGAAGUGGUGGCACAUGGAUGGAAUCCUUCAGUGAUCAUUCAAAGCCAGAUUCAUCAUUUCAUUAGUUCAUUGAUGCCUGACCUAGACCAACAAAGUAAAUUCUUGCAAAUCUAUUUCAUGGACCCCCAAGAUAGCAUUGAGUUUGAAUGA